AUGAGCUCGACAACGCAAACUUGGGCCCAAGCGGUGGCCCCUGUUUUGAGAUCGUCUGCUCCUCUCUCUCAACAACCCGCUCCAGAAUCGCAUCCUUCUCGGGAGUUCAGGUACGGCGUGUAUCCCAGGGUCGGUGGGCCGAACGCCCGUCCGGUGCACCACAUCCGCAUUCCCGAAUUUGAAAGUCUCGAGGCCGAGAGAGCAUUUCGAAAACUACACCACGCCGCAGCUCUGAGGUGGCUUGGUUCUCAAGGAUACAACAACGAGGGGGCCGGCGGCCACGUCACCGUCCGAGAUCCCAUUCUGGUUGACCACUUCUGGAUCAACCCUCAUGGGGUGUCGUUCAGCCACAUGCGACCGGAGGACCUGGUACUUGUUGAUAAACACGGAGAGGUCAAAGAGGGAGGCAACAUGCAUUCCAUUAAUCCAGCUGGCUUUGUCAUCCACUCUGCCAUCCACGAAGCCAGACCCGACGUCGUCGCAGCCGUUCAUUGUCAUUCGGUGGCGAGCAAAGCCUUCUCCGCUCUAGGAUGCGAACUCGAGCCUCUAAAUCAGGACGCCUGCCGAUUCUACAACGACCACGGCAUCUAUUCGGGAUUCGGAGGCAUCGCAUUCAACCCUGAUGAGGGCAAACAUAUCGCUGCGGCACUCGGCGACAAGAAGGCAGUUAUUCUACAGAACCAUGGUCAUCUAGCGGUCGCUAAGACCGUCGAUGGAGCCGCGUUUUUGUUUGGAGCCAUGGACCGCUGUAUCCAGGCACAACUCUUGGCCGACGCCGCGGCAGCAGGGCGAGGGACCAAAACCAUCAAGGUCGGCCACGAAGAGGCCGAGUUCACUCGGAAGACCUAUAACGACGAAAUGGUGUACAUUAUGUUUCAAUCGGCCUUUGAGGAUGUUAUCCGCGCCUCAAAUGGUGAGCUUCCAUCGCAUGUCCUGGGCGAAAUCCGUCGCAAGUAG